UAAGCUCACACACCGGAUCGCUCUCACUUGUGUCUGGGCUUCGUUCGCAGACCCCGACCGUCUUCCGCCCACCGCCAUGCCCAGAUACGAGAUGGCUCUGAUCUUGAAGGCCAUGCAAAGGCCUGAGACGGUGGCCACUCUGAAACGUACAAUGGAAGCUCUGUUUGAAAAAGGAGCCAUUAUUCGAAACCUGGAGAGCCUUGGGGAGAAGACACUUCCUUACAAGAUAUCCAAGCACAGCCAACGCCACACUCGAGGAGGGUACUUCUUGGUUGACUUCUAUGCUCCGCCUACUAUCAUUCCCAGCAUGCUGGAUCAUCUAAGUCGUGAUAUUGACGUCAUUAGGCCAACUAUACUGAAACACGAAGAAGAGAAGAGACCGGAGAAGCCUUGCCAAGGAAUGGAGCCCCCCACGGAUCUGGAGGAAAAGUUCAGGACAAGGAAGAGGAAGUGAUCCCACCACCCACACGUGUUUCUACUGCAGCUGUGUAG